AAAAAAUUGAGAAAACAAAAAGCGGUGAAAAGACAAAAAACGGAACAAACAAAGACGCGAAACGAAUCGCUAGAGUUAACGAGCGCUAAAAAGCAAAAAAACAAAAACAACGAAAAAAAAAACAAACAAAAAGACAGACAGAGGCGGGAAAUAAAAAAGAGUGAAGUUUUGAUUGAAAUUUUCACUGCUCUUUCAUCCUUUUGUGGAUUGUGUAAAUUUCUGAUUAAGCAACAAGAAACCAUCAACAAACGAGAGGCGCGAAACGUAAAAUAAUAUCCAUCCAAAAAGGAUUCACGCUUCCAGUUUCUUUAAAACUCAAUUCGCUCUAGCAAAACUUGGCAAGGAGUAUCAAUUAUCAAACAUCUAUUAUCGAAUAACAUUUUUUUUUUGUAAUCAAGCAACAAAGCACUUGGCGCAGUUCGUGUUUCAAUUUCUGUCAUGACAGUUCGGGCCUACAUUUUGCUAUAUUUUUUAUUGUUUAUGCACAACAGCAAGAUCGCCGCUUGCGUUUCGCCCAGCCAUAAACACAUCUGACUGAUACACGCCAAAUUGAGCCGUGAACACUGAAAUUCGAGUGCGAAAGCGAGUGAGUCGUGCAGUAAAAGUCAGAGUCAAAGUCAAAGUUAGCCAAGCAGCCAGCCAGCCCCACCAAACGUCCACACAAAACAGCCCGAGAAGUCGGGUCGUUGACAAAGUAACGCAUUUAGUGAUAAGAGCCAAACGACUUUAGCAAAAUGAGCAGCCAAAACAGGAGCAGCAGCAGCAGCAGCAGGAGCAGGAGCAGCAGCAGCAGCGGUAGCACAAGGAGCAGCAGCAGGACGGGGAUGGGCCAACUAUUGCUCCUUAUCGGCAUCGCCGUCGCAUCAUGUUUGCCGGGAAUCGGAGGCUUCCAGCGGUUCUCGGAACAGCCCAAAUACACGGAGGUGAAUCCCGCCGAGGACACCCUUCUCACAUGCAAAGUUAUCGACAAGCGCGGCACGUGCUCUUGGCAAAAGGAUAACAAGCCCGUUGGCAUCUACACGAAGAAGUACGAGUGGGCCUCACGUAUGCCGACGAGCGACAAUGGGAAUGUCCUGCAUCUGGACCUCCAUCCGCCGGCGGUGCAGCUUGGCGGCGACUGCUCCUUGUGGAUCCGCUCGGCCACGCUGGACUUCGACGACGGCCUGUGGGAGUGCCAAGUGACGGCCAGUGAUUUCACCACCCAGGAUGCCCUCACCAGCCAGCCGGUGCGCCUUGUCGUACGUGUGGCGCCGCAGCGGCCGAGGCUCGAAUACGAGGCGGUACACGUGCCGCCGGGACACAACAUCACCGCAGACGCCGGCGCCCUGGCGACGGUCAAGUGCGUCUCGCAUUACGGCAAUCCGCCGGCCACCCUCAAAUGGUUCUUGGGCGACCAGGAGAUCUCGGCCAUCCACCCGCAAAUGAAUGCCACCGAGCCGGAUAAUCCACGCACCUGGUCGGCCACCUCGGUGGUGCAGGUGUCGGCCAUGCGGGAGCGCCACGGAGAUAUCCUGCGGUGCGCCGCCUCCCACGAGUCCUACACGGCCAAAUCGGUGGUGGUGGAGGCGCGGCUGGACGUGAAAUACGCGCCGAGCAUCCGUCUAAUUGGCUCACCGGAAAUCGACUUGGAGGAGGACAAGGAUGCCCUCGUGCUGCGCUGCGUGGCCGAUGCCAAUCCUCCGGCCAGCAUCGUCUGGCGGCGAGCCGGUCGCUCCGAGAUAGCCAGCUUGCAGGAAACUCUGCAAUUGCGUCCCGUCGGACGUCGCGAUGCCGGAUUGUACACCUGCCAGGCGCAGAACUCGGUGGGCACCUCCGAGCAGCUAUCGGUGCAGUUGGAUGUGAAAUAUGCACCCAAAAUUAUUUCAGCUGGUCCGGAUCGACUCACCACCGCCCCGCUAUUCAGUCCCGCCGCAUUUGAGUGCCUGGCUGAUGGUAAUCCCCUGCCAUCCUUCAAAUGGGUCCAGAGAAUGGCCCAUGGAUCAAAGUACGUGGAGCGGGGCUCGGAGUCCAGAUUGGUCAUCGACAACGUCACCUACGAGUACCAGGGCGAGUACGAGUGCCGGGCGACCAGCUACAUCAAUGGCCAGGAGCGGGUUGCCAUAUCCGAUCCGGUGUCGCUGCAGGUUGUGGGUGCCCCGCAGGUGCUGCGCCUGCACCCCUCCCUGCACACCGUGGCCGUGAAGCGAGGAGAGGCGGCCAGCCUGACAAUGGUCGUCUGUGCGGAUCCGCGGCCACAACGCGUCGCCUGGGAAUGGGGCUCGCUGCGUCUGGAGGCCGGCUCGGGCAUCGAUCGUUUCCGGGCCGACGACAUGCAGCCAGACACCCGCGAGGAUUGCUACCUGUCCACGUUGCACAUCCUCCACACGGAUGAGCACGACUCCAGGCCCUACUACUUGGUGGUGGAGAACGAGCGGGGCACCGAUCGUCAUGCCAUACACCUGAUUGUGGAGGGUACGUUUGCAGAACCCUACGAGAUGAGCUAUCUGAUGGGCGUGGCCGGGGGCUGCAUGGCUGCCAUCCUUUUGCUGGUCUGCCUGUGUAUCUAUGCGAUCAAGAGCAAGAGAUGCUGCUUCAAGGGUUCCACGGGCUAUAAAUCAUCGGAUAAAGACAGCGAGAAAGCUGAUUUGAAAUCACGCUCGGAUAGCACGAGUGGCCCUCAAGGUGAUUCGAUUUACACCACGCCCGCGGGCUUCCAUCAUCACCAGCAACAGCAGCAACAGCAACAGCAACAACAGCAGCAACAACAGCAGCAGCAGCAACAGCAGGCAGCAGUGGCAGCAGCAGCCGCUCUACAUGCCGCAUCUCAACACCCGCAGCAACAGUAUCCGGGACAUGGAUCGCCGGAGGCAAUGAAGUCGAGUUCCCAGGCCAGAAGCAGCGGUCACGAUGAGCUGGGCAAUCUGCUCUGGCAGCAGGAUUCGUGCGAGUUCCUCGAGCAAUAUGCACCCACCCAUGCGGGCGGGGAUUGUCCAGUGCCGCCCCUGCGCCACUGCCACGCCCCCGGCCAUGGGCACCAUGCCACCAUGACGCGUCGCAAUGCGGACCUCUUCAGCGGGGACCUGGGCAUCCCCGAGAUCAGCACGCACGUGGGCAGCGUGGUGCACACCUUCGAAACGCUGGCCCUGCAGCGGCGUCUGGCGGAGGAGGAGGAUCGCCAUGCGGACCGGGAGCUGAGUAAGUAUGAGCAGGGCACCUCGGGCGGCACCUCUGGCACCAGGUACAGCCAGCUGAAGCGCCGCUCGCAGGAGAUGCGCCAGCGGCUGGUGCAGCAGUUGCACCGUCAGCGCUUGCAGCAGCAACAGCAGCAACACCUGCAGCAGCACCAGCAGCAACACCAGCCACACCUGCAACAUCAGCAAAAAGCACGCUCACGAACACAGUCGCAGCCGCAAAAGCAGCAAUCCUUGCACGAGGGGGUCCUCACGAACAGCUGCAGCACCCAAACACUGGCCACCUCCGGCCACCUUUGGCAGCCAUCCCGCGAGCAACUGCAGCAGUCCACCUUCGAGGACUAUCGCAAGAAUCUGUUUGGCACCCUGCGCAAACAUGCCAGCCUGGAGGACAAUGAGGAGAUGCAGGACGAGUCCUUCAUAGUGAAUGCGGCCUUUGAUGAGAUCUUCUCCUGCUACGACGACGAGAACGAGGACGAGAAGGGCACUCAAACGCAAACGCAUACCAACACCGAUGAUCUCUUCGAGGACGAGCACAUGCUGGUGAGCCUCAGCGAACUGGAUGACGAGGUGUUCGCCAGUCGGGCGCAGACGGCCUCGACCACGCCCACGGCCAUGAGUGUGGGGGCGGGGCGAACGCCCAAGCACAGCACUCCGCAGUUGAACCUUAACAAGUAUCCCGCUCCAUCGCCACCCCGUUCCCGCACUUUGACCAAUCUGUUCGAGCGUUUGAAGUCGCAGGAUCACAAGGCGCUGCAGAAAUAUCCUGGCGAAGCGGCGCUUAACCAGACACCAGAGGACUUCAAUCGGGGCUCCACCGUCAGCAAGUCCUUUGUGCAGCAGCUGAGGAAGCCCUCGCACAAGCAGAAGCGCGCGCCAAGGCCACCGCCCAAGCCGCAGUCCCGCUCCCAGGUGGCCAUUGCCCAUGUGACUCCCUUGCGAAAGGCCCUGAUCUUCCCCAAGCGAUCCAAGUCCUCCAGCGAACUACUACUCGACGAUCUGAGCGUGCAGGCGCGUAAGUAUCAGCGAAGGAUGGAACUGGGCUCGGCGCUUUAAACAGGAUCCAUGGGCACCCAGUUAUGCACCUGUUCUCUCACCUGUUGACCAAGUUGAUUGCCCCAUGCCCACUUAGAUAUUUAAAAAAGAUUCUUUUCAUAUUUCCGUUUACCCAGAGGCGACGCUUUUGUAGACUAAGUGACCCCAUGACCCGACCCCUACCUUCGACUCUGAUCAAGACCCCCCAAACCGAACCCCAAACCGAAUCCGAUGUAGAUGUAGAUGUGGAAGUGGAAGUCGAAGUGCAGCUAUCCCGCCGCCAUAAUGGAAGACAAAGAUACGAAUACGACCCGAUGCAAACCCAAAGAGAAUUGAGCCAUACGAGAGGAAAAGCACCCGAAAAUCUUAACUUAUUUCGUAGUUAACCCGUAACUAAAUUAAGCCAAGUACAAUACAUUACUCGAAAUGCAUGAAAAUCAAAUCAAAAGAUGACUAACCAUAUUUAUAUAUAUACAAGCAUAUAUAAAUAUACAUAAACAUUAUUGUACAAAUAGGAUCGAAUGAAAAUCAAACAACAAAUUGUGUGCUCUCAACCUAGUUAUUAACGAGUACAAGUUUGUCUCUUCAAUUAUUAUUUAAUUUCAUCAAAGAAUAUACCAUACAAUCCCGAUAUACAUCUAUACAUUAUUCGGAUAUAUAUAGCAUAUAACUGCGUCACUUGUUGUAACUUGUAGGAUAAUUGCAAAAUCAAAGCAAAUGUAAACCAAUCACAAAACGAAACAUUACUAACUCUUACCUGCAUGCAAUAAAUCAUUUGAAAAAGCAAA